AUGAGGAGGAGAUUCAUCACAAGAGCUUCGAAGAAGAUCGACGGCCUCUACGACAUGGGAGUCGAAGUAUUCGAGCUCGACGCGAAACUUACCUAUGCAGAGUUCGGAAGACGAAUCUUGGACUAUCGGCACCUCUACUAUCAUGGGUCAUACAAGAAAGAACCACAACAACAGAGACAGCAACAACAACUUACUGCGAACCGGGAAGAAAAGUGAACAAGACAACCAUCCACUUCACAUCUGAGAGCCGUGCUGAGUCAACGUAUCAAACUUCUGCAAUGCCAGCUGCAAGCGUCGCCACAGCUUUCAUCCCCGGCAGCCGGCCAGCCAGGGUCGAAACCCUCUCGGCAGCUGCCCUGUAUAGAAGAGGCUUGGAAUAUUCCAGUCUCACAGGAAAUGGCCUCGCGGCAGCAGAGUCUACUGCAAAGAGGCAGUUUCAAUGCAGCUAUACAGAGAUCGUUUGCCGGUCAGGGCCAAAACAACAAUCAAGCUUACAGCUCGAACGGUAUGAACGGUCCGAUGAGCAAUGGCACGGACAAACCGGCUUUUUACCUCUCUGGUCAGGAGAUGCAGGUUCUGCAGCAGCUCCAAGCGAACGCAACGAACCUCAUACCCCAACAACGGAAUUUGUUGUUGACGUUACAGAAUCGUCAUAGAUUGAUGAUGCAGCAUAAGACGCAGGUGCAGCAGCAACAAAUGCAACAACAAAUACAACACCAAUAUCAACAGCAGCAGCUGCAGCAUCAACAGCAGCAGUUGCAGCAGAUCCAGCAGCAACAACAACAACAAUCUUCGCAGCAGCCAACGCCUCAAUUGCAGCAAUCGCAACAAUCUCAACAACGAAAGCAAAAUCAGGGGGCCGAUGAGCGAUCACCGCAAAUGCAACGGCAACCAUCGCCGAAACAGAGUCACAACGAAGUGGCAUCGUUGCCGACGACGGUCACCUCCAACGCAGAAUCAACACCUGCUCCCACGACUGCUUCGUCGACAUCGUCUACUUCGGAAGGCGGGUCGGCGGCGCCCGCAAUGUCGACGGCCACCUCGACGACGACGACAAGCCCUCCAGCGAUAAUCACGUCCACAACGAGAUCGAGUCCCCUGUCAUCGACGGCGGACGGGAACUCGGUGGCGACAGCACCGACGGGAGCGUCGGGUUCCCCAUUGCCCACUGCUGUCGUCAAGACAGAAGUUGUACCCAGUAACGGUAAAGCACCCUUCGCAGUCCCGCAGCCCCCUGAAGCGAGCUCGAUUCUAGUGAAUGGGGUAAAAGAAGAGGCGGUCGCAUCGACAGCGUCGACGACAUUGAGGGACGAAACUCCGAAAACGAACGACAUCGAAGAAAUGGAGGUCGACAGCAAGGAGGCCGUCAUGAAAGAAAUCGUGAAGGAGCGAAUGGGGAGCGAGGCGGCUUCGAAAGCUCCCCUCUCCGAAAGCCUCAAGAGAGACGAGAGGAACGAAAACACAGCAGGCAAGGAAAAUUCUCUCCGAACUCCCCACACGACCGGCAGUAAGAAGGCCGACAAGGACGAGGAGAUGUCCAACGAAGUCGAUAACGACGAGUCGAUGGAUUCAGUAGAUAUCCGGAAGUUCUCACCAAGUUGCCGCGUUCCGAGCCAGGUUUCUAUCGAAUCGAGCGCUGAAGAUAUUGUCCUCGGAUGCAAGGAGCUCCUGUCGAAAUACGGCGUGCCGGCCAUGUCCAUCGUCCAUGGCUACGGGGGAGCUCCUCCUCAGCUCCCGAGCCGUCCCGCUCAAUUGCCUAGAGAUCGCUUACAGCCUCCGGCACCGAGCGUUUUCCUCGAGAACAAGAAGCAAGCUUUCACGCCCCACCUUCAGCAGUUCUGCAAUUCGAAUCCGAUAACAGUGAUACGCAAUCUAGGGUCGGUGCUCAAGCUGGACCUCGGUCUAUUUUCGACCAAGUGUCUAUGCGACGCCAACCCCGAUCAUCCUGUCGAGAUUCGCACGCAACUCCAACAAGGACUCGAGGAGAACUGGGACAGUCAUCGAAGAGCCCAAGUGUGGCGGUGCGAGAGCGUAAGAGGGCGCAGCACAAUUUCACGUUACGCACAAUAUCAAGCCGCAUCGUUCCAGGAGCAACUGCGCGAGGAACAACAAGGCUCCUCAAAUCUCCAACCGCAUCUGUCCGACUCCGAUUCGAACUCGUCGUUGGGCGUGUUCUCUGCAAUCAACAAAUCAAAGCGAGCUAGAAAGAAUACGACGCUCAAAACAAUCAAGUUCGGUAGUCACGUCGACCUCAACGACGAGAAACGGUGGCGGCCGCAAUUGCAAGAACUCCAAAAACUGCCCCCGUUCACGAAAGUCGUUUCCGGUUGCAAUAUGUUGUCCCAUGUCGGCCGUCAGAUCGUCGGAGUCAACACGGUCAAGCUGCACCUGAAAGUCCCGGGAGCGCGGACCACGGGACACCAGGAGCAUAACAACUUCUGUUCUGUCAACAUGAACAUCGGUCCCGGGGACUGCGAGUGGUUCGCAACGCCGUACGAAUACUGGGGAGAAGUUCACAGACUCUGCGAACGAGCCCACGUCAAGUACAAUACCGAUAGUUGGUGGCCUUUGAUGGAGGAUCUUCUGAGCCAACACAUACCCGUGUAUCGCUUCACCCAGCGACCGGGGGAUCUUGUCUAUGUAAAUUACGGUACCGUGCACUGUGUGCACUCUGUUGGUUGGUGCAAUAAUAUAUCCUGGAAUGUUGGUCCCCUAUCGGCCGACCAAUACCGAUUGGCGAUAGAAAGAUACGAGUGGAACAAACUACACACCUUGAAGUCCAUGGUACCUAUGCAACAGCUGACGUGGAAUCUUGCCCGAAAUAUGCAGUUUGCCGAUGAGCGCUUGUACAAAAUGGUUCGCGGUGUUCUCUCGCGAAGUCUCAGACACUGCGGGCUGCAGCGAGAGUGGUUGGACUCGAUACGGAAAGAAGUACGAUGGCAUGGGAAAGCCAGGAGUGAGCCCACAUACUACUGCUCGAUCUGCCAGGCGGAAGUCUUCAAUAUACUUUACACGAAAACGAGAUCUUCAUCUGAGAGCGGCGUACCAGAGAAAAUCUCGAAGAAGCUCGAUGUUUAUUGCUUUCACUGCGCCCGCGCAGCUUCAUCGGGGCUUCGCGAAUUCGUCGUUCUGGAGGAAUACUCGAUGAACGAUCUCAAAGACGUCUACGAUCACUUCCAAUUGCGCGAGGUCAACGUCGCUCUAUAG